UCUCGCAGCUGCCUCCCCUGCCGACCCGGCCGCAUCCUUCCCGCGGUGGGGAAAGAAGCUCCCCCCCUCCGCGGAGCAGAGACUCAUUUUUUUCCCUCUCCUCGGGAGGGUGUCGCCACCUGGAUUGCCAAGAGUGAGGGGUCCGGGAGGCAGGGACCGGAGCACCGUGACCCGCCAUGGCUCAAGCAGCUAAACAGCUGAAGAAAAUCAAAGACAUCGAGGCUCAGGCCCUCCAGGAGCAGAAGGAGAAGGAGGAAUCCAACAGGAAGCGGAGGAACCGCUCCCGUGACCGAAAGAAGAAGGCCGAUGCGGCUACCAGCUUUCUGAGGGCAGCAAGAUCAGGUAACUUGGACAAAGCUUUGGAUCACCUGCGGAAUGGCGUAGACAUUAACACCUGUAACCAGAAUGGGCUGAACGGCUUGCACCUGGCCUCUAAAGAAGGCCAUGUGAAGAUGGUGGUUGAACUUCUGCACAAAGAAAUCAUUCUAGAAACGACAACCAAGAAAGGGAACACAGCUCUGCACAUCGCUGCCCUUGCUGGUCAGGACGAGGUGGUCCGGGAGCUGGUCAACUAUGGCGCCAAUGUCAACGCCCAGUCGCAGAAAGGCUUUACACCCUUGUACAUGGCAGCACAAGAGAAUCACUUGGAAGUGGUUAAGUUUUUACUGGAAAAUGGAGCUAAUCAGAAUGUAGCCACAGAAGACGGCUUCACUCCUCUAGCCGUGGCUCUGCAGCAGGGCCAUGAGAACGUGGUGGCACACCUCAUCAACUACGGGACGAAGGGCAAGGUGCGCCUCCCCGCCCUGCACAUCGCGGCCCGUAACGACGACACCCGGACAGCUGCGGUGCUCCUGCAGAAUGACCCCAACCCGGACGUGCUUUCCAAGACGGGAUUCACCCCCCUCCACAUCGCAGCUCACUACGAGAACCUCAAUGUGGCCCAGUUACUCCUCAACAGGGGUGCCAGCGUCAACUUCACGCCACAGAAUGGCAUCACACCGCUGCACAUCGCCUCCCGCAGGGGGAACGUGAUCAUGGUGCGGCUCCUGCUGGACCGCGGAGCCCAGAUAGAAACAAGGACCAAGGAUGAAUUGACACCUCUCCACUGUGCAGCUCGGAAUGGGCACGUGCGAAUCUCAGAGAUCCUGCUGGACCACGGGGCACCCAUCCAAGCUAAAACCAAGAACGGCCUGUCCCCAAUUCACAUGGCAGCUCAGGGAGACCACCUUGACUGUGUCCGACUUCUAUUGCAAUACAACGCGGAGAUAGACGACAUCACCCUGGAUCACCUGACCCCACUCCACGUGGCAGCCCACUGUGGCCAUCACCGAGUAGCCAAGGUUCUUCUGGAUAAAGGAGCCAAACCAAAUUCCAGAGCCCUGAACGGCUUCACCCCCUUGCACAUCGCGUGCAAGAAGAACCACAUCCGAGUCAUGGAGCUGCUGCUGAAGACGGGAGCUUCGAUCGAUGCUGUCACCGAGUCUGGCUUGACACCUCUCCACGUAGCCUCCUUCAUGGGACACCUGCCCGUCGUGAAGAACCUCCUGCAGCGGGGGGCAUCGCCCAGCGUCUCCAACGUGAAAGUGGAGACCCCACUGCACAUGGCAGCCAGAGCAGGGCACACGGAAGUAGCCAAGUAUUUGCUCCAGAACAAAGCCAAAGUCAAUGCCAAGGCCAAGGAUGACCAGACCCCACUUCACUGUGCAGCUCGCAUUGGCCACACAAACAUGGUGAAGCUCCUGCUUGAAAAUAACGCCAAUCCCAACCUGGCCACCACUGCCGGCCAUACCCCCCUGCACAUUGCUGCCCGAGAGGGCCAUGUGGAGACAGUCCUGGCCCUCCUGGAAAAGGAAGCAUCCCAGGCUUGCAUGACCAAGAAAGGAUUUACCCCUCUCCAUGUGGCUGCGAAGUAUGGGAAGGUUAGGGUGGCCGAGGUGCUGCUGGAACGGGACGCACACCCAAAUGCUGCCGGAAAAAAUGGCUUGACCCCUCUGCACGUGGCGGUCCACCACAACCACCUGGACAUCGUCAGGCUGCUGCUGCCCCGGGGCGGGUCCCCUCACAGCCCCGCUUGGAAUGGCUACACCCCUCUGCACAUUGCUGCCAAGCAGAGCCAGAUAGAGGUGGCCCGCAGCCUGCUGCAGUACGGGGGGUCAGCAAACGCAGAGUCGGUGCAAGGAGUGACACCCCUUCACCUGGCCGCCCAAGAGGGUCACACAGAGAUGGUGGCUCUGCUCCUUUCGAAACAAGCCAAUGGCAAUCUGGGGAACAAGAGUGGACUCACCCCCCUUCAUCUGGUUGCACAAGAAGGCCACGUUCCAGUGGCAGAUGUGCUGAUCAAACAUGGUGUCAUGGUGGAUGCCACCACCCGGAUGGGUUAUACCCCACUCCACGUGGCCAGUCAUUACGGAAAUAUCAAGCUGGUGAAGUUUCUGCUACAGCACCAAGCAGACGUCAAUGCCAAAACGAAGCAAGGAUACAGUCCCUUGCACCAGGCGGCCCAACAGGGACACACAGACAUCGUGACACUGCUUCUCAAAAAUGGUGCUUCCCCAAACGAGGUCAGCUCGAAUGGAACUACACCUCUGGCAAUAGCCAAGCGCUUAGGCUACAUCUCUGUAACAGACGUGCUCAAGGUUGUCACGGAUGAAACCAGUUUUGUGUUAGCCAGUGACAAGCACCGGCUGAGUUUCCCCGAGACGGUAGAUGAGAUCCUGGAUGUCUCUGAAGAUGAAGGAACUGCUCAUAUAACUAUCAUGGGGGAAGAACUUGUCUCCAAGGCUGAGAAGCAGGAUUCCAGGGAUAUUGAUGAAGAGAAGGAGCUGCUGGAUUUUGUGCCGAAGCUAGACCAAGUGGUGGAAUCUCCAGCCAUCCCGAGGAUCCCUUGUGUCACACCUGAGACAGUGGUGAUCAGAUCUGAGGAGCCAGAACAGGCGUCUAAGGAGUAUGACGAAGACUCACUCAUCCCCAGCAGCCCGGCCACAGAGACCUCAGACAACAUCAGCCCAGUGGCCAGCCCCGUCCACACAGGGUUUUUGGUGAGCUUCAUGGUGGACGCCCGGGGAGGCUCCAUGAGGGGGAGCCGGCACAAUGGCCUGAGGGUGGUGAUCCCACCCCGGACGUGUGCCGCCCCCACUCGCAUCACCUGCCGCCUGGUCAAGCCCCAGAAGCUGAGCACACCGCCCCCACUGGCCGAGGAGGAGGGCCUGGCCAGCAGGAUCAUUGCGCUGGGACCCACAGGGGCCCAGUUCUUAAGCCCUGUGAUUGUGGAAAUCCCUCACUUUGCCUCCCACGGCCGUGGGGACCGUGAGCUCGUGGUGCUGCGCAGUGAAAACGGCUCUGUGUGGAAGGAACACAAGAGCCGCUAUGGAGAAAGCUACCUGGAUCAGAUCCUCAACGGGAUGGAUGAAGAGCUGGGGAGUCUGGAGGAGCUGGAGAAGAAGAGGGUCUGCCGCAUCAUCACCACCGACUUCCCCUUGUACUUCGUGAUCAUGUCACGGCUCUGCCAGGACUAUGACACCAUCGGCCCUGAGGGGGGUUUUCUGAAGAGCAAGCUGGUCCCCCUGGUGCAGGCAACGUUCCCUGAAAAUGCUGUCACCAAGAGAGUGAAGCUGGCUCUGCAGGCCCAGCCUGUGCCGGAUGAGCUCGUCACCAAACUCCUGGGCAACCAGGCCACCUUCAGCCCCAUCGUCACUGUGGAGCCACGGCGCCGGAAGUUCUACCGCCCCAUCGGCCUUCGGAUCCCACUCCCUCCUUCCUGGACUGACAACCCGAGGGACAGUGGGGAGGGGGACACCACCAGCCUGCGCCUGCUCUGCAGUGUCACUGGAGGAACAGACCAAGCCCAGUGGGAGGACAUAACAGGGACAACCAAGCUCGUGUAUGCCAACGAGUGUGCUGCCUUCACCACCAAUGUCUCUGCCAGGUUUUGGCUGUCGGACUGUCCUCGGACUGCUGAGGCCGUGAACUUUGCCACCCUGCUGUACAAGGAGCUCACCGCGGUGCCCUACAUGGCCAAGUUUGUCAUUUUUGCCAAGAUGAAUGACCCCCGGGAAGGGCGCCUGCGCUGCUACUGCAUGACGGACGAUAAAGUGGACAAGACCUUGGAGCAGCAUGAGAACUUCAUCGAGGUGGCUCGGAGCAGGGACAUAGAGGUUGUGGAAGGAAUGCCCCUUUUCGCGGAACUCUUUGGGAACCUGGUGCCUGUCAAAAAAGCGACCCAGCAACGGAGUUUCCUCUUCCAGUCGUUUCGGGAGAACCGUUUGGCCAUACCUGUAAAGGUGAGGGACAGCAGUCGAGAACCCGCGGGGUCCUUGUCAUUUCUGCGCAAGGCGAUGAAGUAUGAGGACACCCAGCACAUUCUCUGCCACCUCAACAUCACCAUGCCCCCCUGCACCAAGGUGAGCGGAGCCGAUGACAGGAGGAGGACGUUGACACCCCUGGCCCUGAGAUACAGCAUUCUCAGCGAAUCCUCACUGGGUUUUCUCAGUGGGACCGACCGAGCAGAUAUGAAGAUGGCGAUUAUAUCAGAGCACCUUGGCCUCAGCUGGGCUGAGCUGGCCCGGGAACUGCAGUUCAGUGUGGAAGACAUCAACAGGAUUCGUGUGGAAAACCCCAACUCCCUUCUGGAGCAGAGCGCAGCCUUGUUGAAUCUCUGGGUCGUCCGGGAAGGCAAAAACGCAAAGAUGGAAAAUCUGUACACAGCCCUGCGCAACAUCGACCGGAGUGAGAUUGUGAACAUGCUGGAGGGCUCGGGCAGACAGAGCCGCAACCUGAAACCCGACCGGAGGCACAGGGACCGGGACUACUCUUCGUCGCCCUCUCAGAUGAAUGGUUACUCCUCGCUGCAGGACGAGCUGCUGUCCCCCGCCUCCCUGCACUACGCGCUUCCCUCUCCGCUGCGUGCAGACCAGUACUGGAACGAGGUGGCCGUCAUAGAUGCCAUCCCCUUGGCGGCCACGGAGCAUGACACCAUGCUGGAGAUGUCUGACAUGCAGGUGUGGUCCGCGGGCCUCACACCCUCCCUGGUCACUGCUGAGGACUCCUCUCUGGAGUGCAGCAAGGCCGAGGACUCUGACGCCACGGGCCAUGAGUGGAAGCUGGAGGGGGUGCUCUCCGAGGGACUCCAGGGCCCCACCCUGGGCUCUCUGGACCUUGUGGAGGACGACACAGUGGAUUCAGAUGCCACAAAUGGCCUUAUCGAUUUGCUUGACCAGGAAGAAGGUCAGAGGUCAGAAGAGAAGCUGCCAGGUCGUAAGAGUCAAGAGGACUCCACCAGUGCAGGGCAGGACUCAGAGAAUGAAGUGUCUCUUGUUUCAGGCCAGCAGAGGGUGCAAGCCCGCAUCACAGAAUCCCCCAGCGUGAGUCGGGUGACUGAGACGAGCCAGGACAGAUUACAGGACUGGGAGGAAGAAGGCUCCAUUGUCUCAUACCUACAAGAUGCUGCACAAAGUUCCUGGCAAGAGGAGAUCAUACGUGGCCCACACUCAUUCCAGAGUAUGGUCACCACCACCAAAGAGCAGGAGCCCAGUGGGUCUCAGGAGUAUGAGAAAGUCCUGGUGACUGCAACUGAGCACAUUUGGGAGGAACAACCUGACGCUGAGAGCCUGCAGGCCGACAGGGAACGGAGACGACAAAGCCACCAGGAGUGGAUGCAGGAGGCUCAGAGCACUUUCUCCCAGAUGGCAGAGGGGAAUGAGUUUCAGAAUAUUCCAGGGGAGCAGGUGACAGAGGAACAGUUCACAGAUGAGCAGGGCAACAUUGUCACCAAGAAGAUCAUUCGCAAAGUUGUUCGGCAGAUAGACUCAUCUGGUGCCGAUGACACCCAGGAGCAUGAGGAGGUGAUUGCUGAGGGGCCCCUGGAGGACCCUAGUGAGAUGGAAGCUGAUAUUGAUUACUUUAUGGCACAUGCCAAGGUGGAGCUGAGAGGGAGUAACCUGCAGCCGGACCUGAUAGAGAGCAGGAAGGGGGCUCAGAUAGUGAAGCGGGCCAGCCUGAAAAGGGGGAAGCAGUGAUCUAGCCCCUCCCCUCAAAUGGCCUCUUUGGAGGAUCACACCUCAACACCGAACCCUUGAACUCCACACACACUCUGCCAUGCACACAGGAGGAGAGCUGGAGUGGAGGGCUGCAGAAGUGGCGCACCUGUUCCUAUAGGCUAACGGCACGGUCUCUGUAAGGGACUUCCUUUAGUCUCCUAUUCGCAUGAAUGACUGACUGUAGACGCAUGACCUACAGUCCUCAAUCCUGCCUGUAGCAACGAUGGAUCUCAGUUGGGAAUCAGGACAAAAGCCUCAAGAAGGGGGGAGAGAGAGAGAGGGAUAGAAAAUGAGCUCGAGAGAGCGCAUGAACGCAAAAGUGAACAAGGGCUCUUUUGUGGUUGGGGAUGAUAUAUUUUUAAAAAUCAUUUUAAUUUUGACUUGUUACAGGGUACUUUUUUUUCAACCACAUCUGUAGGAAAUCUACGUGGGCUUCCUGGAAAAAAAAAAAAGAAAACUAGGCACAAGAUCAGUUUGGCACCUUUAAUCCCAUGUCCCCACCUGCCAGCCUUCCCCACCGCCACACACGUCCAUUCCAUUUGUGACAUCCCCUCCCCCAGGGGGCUGCUCCUCCCAGAAAGCUCUAUAUGACAUUCAGGACACACACAUAGGCACACACACAAACACACACACACACAAGCACCUCCCCCUCUCCUCAGUAUACACACAGAUUUUACUGUGACGUCCGAAGCUGUAUAGAAUCUCCUGUGGAUAAACUGGAAUUUUUUUAUGUUGUCUCUCUCUCUCACUCUCUGCCAGUCUCAGUAUUAAUCAUCUUCCAAUGGAAAAUCAUUACCUUUAGAGUGCAUUCGGGGUUCCUUGUGCUAGGGACUUAAGAAUCAGAGUCGAGGACCCCCAGGCUUAGCUGUAGGGCUCAAAGGGAGCCAGUGCCCCAUCUGCAAGGGUCUUCUCUCUCAGCGGGGGGCGGGCCGGUGGCUGUCCCAGGAUUGCACCAGCAUGUUCAAUAGAGAGGAGGUUUUCUACAUCUUCAAGCACUUAUAUCAUAGUCUGUGUUCAAAGUGUAAACUGUACAGUAAUCAGCCUUGUGUAUAUGAAAAACAAUAAAUACUAUGCAAACCAAUA